AUGGUAGCGCUCUUCACCGACGGCUCCUCUGGAGCCGGGUACCACUGUCCAGAACUCCGACUUGGCGGGUCUGUGCCACUCGGCCGGUAUACUACUGUAUUCCAGGCUGAGGUUACAGCAAUGCUAAUUGGGAUUCGAAGCCUGACUGAGUCUGAUGUUUCUGACAGGAAAAUAAACAUAUUCUCUGACAGCAGAGCUGCUUUACUUUCCAUAUCAGGAAACAACUCCCGCUCUUCGCUAGUGCUCGAGUGCCGGAAAAUGGUGGAAGCGGUCUCACUUACCCGUGAGAUCGACCUACAUUGGGUACCUGGGCACUGUGGAAUUGCGGGUAAUGAAGAGGCUGACCGCCUCGCAGUGGCAGGAGCGAAGACCGAAUUCAUAGGUCCUGAGCCUGCCGUGGGAGUGUCGCCCCAAAUGAAGAAAACCAUCAUUGGGGUGGAUUUACUCGCACAACAUCAAACGGUCUGGGCGGCUACAGGCAACUGUCGUGUGUCCAGACUGUUCAUGCCACUUGUGGACAGGAAAAGGACAGAGUACCUGGUGAGCAGUAACCGCUGCGAAGCGCGGAAGUUUGCUGAUCUUCUUACCGGACACUGUCUAAACAAACACCUCAACAGAUUGGGUGUUGAGUGUAAUCCAACCUGUGGAGGUUGUAACAACGCUGAGGAAACGGUCCUACAUUAUGUAUGUCCCAGCCUUUACAACACCAGACGAGCGCUACUUGGGAAAGUGGUGCUGAACUGGAAUGAUCUACCAAAAUUGAAGCCGGCUUGUCUAAUGGAAUUUAUCCGAAGGACUGGCUGGCUCAAUACACAAAACCCCGGGCGAGUCGGCGAGAACAUGAUACGCAAGGAGGAUGGAGCGGCUGAAGCUGAGGCUGGAGCUGAAGGUGUAUGGAUGGACGCCGCCUUGCUGCCCCCAGAAUAA